AAUCACCUACAAACAUGUCAGGCUUGUGAAGUUAAGAGUCAGCAUGAUUACAGAACCUACUUUAAAUUUGGAAAGUAAACAGCUGACCUACUAAAUGUUAGCUGUAGUUACUGUCUGGGACAUCCAAGCUAGUGUUAGCAACUCUGCUCCAAACAUUACAGUUAGCUUGAGUCUGCAACAUAAGUUCAGCCAUGAAUUCUAUAAGGCAGGGAAUUACUCCACAAUGAUAGGCGGGCGCUGAGCUGCAGAGCGUAGUGAUGGCCGGUGUUGACUCUGAGACAGCACAGGUCAGUCAACAGCCAUGAGUCUGAGGAGCAAACGCAACAGCCGCUCAGGACCACACAUGUCUCAAGGAGGCUUAAGCAGCAUGUCCAUGGGAUCCUACUCCUUCCCCAGGAUGAGCAACGGACACAACCAGGCUGCCCCGAUUACAGCUGUGACCAUCAACAAGAGCUUGCUCACCCCGCUCAGCAUAGACAUCGACCCCACCGUCCAUGCCGUUCGCAACCAGGAGAAAGACCAGAUCAAGGGUCUGAACAACCGCUUUGUCUCCUUCAUUGAUAAGGUGAGACACCUGGAACAGCAGAACAAAAUGCUUGACACAAAGUGGAAGCUGCUGCAGGGACAGACCCAAGCCACCUCUGAAGUUGAGCCAAUGCUGAAGUCCUACAUUACCAGCCUGCAGAAACAACUAGAGUUCCUCGGCAAUGACAAAAAGAGACUGGACAUGGAGAACGACGUCAUGCACAAACAUGUGGAUGACUACAGGACCAAGUAUGAGUAUGAGAUCAACAAGAGGAACGAUUCAGAGAAUGAGUUUGUCGUGCUUAAAAAGGAUGUGGACUCAGGCUACAUCUCUAGGGUGGAUCUAGAGGACAAGGUGUCUUCCGUCAGUGAUGAUAUCAAAUUCCUCCAGGCUCUGUAUGACGCUGAGCUGCAUGAUCUGCAGGAGAGCCUGAAGGAAACCUCUGUGGUGGUGCAGAUGGACAACUCCCGUGCCCUGAACAUGGAUCAGAUCGUGGCUGAUGUUAAGGCUCAAUAUGAGGACAUCGCCGCCCGCAGCCGUGAGGAAGCCGAAAAUUGGCACAAAGCCAAGUUUAACCAGAUGACAGCUGAGGCCGACCAGUACAGCAAUGAGCUGCGUAGCUCCAAGGGGGAAAUAUCUGAGCUCAAAAGACUGAUCAGCCGGCUGCAGAAUGAGAUCCAUACUGCAAAGGCACAGCGUGCAAACCUUGAAGACCAGGUGACUGAAUCGGAGCGCCGUGGAGAGGAGGCUGUGCUGGAUGCAAAGGCCCGCAUCAGGGACCUGGAGCUGGCUAUGCAGAGGGCCAAGCAGGACAUGGCUCGGCAGCUCAGAGAGUACCAGGAGCUCAUGAAUGUCAAGCUGGCCCUGGACAUAGAGAUCUCUACCUAUAAGAAGCUGCUGGAAGGAGAGGAGGAGAGACUCGGACAGGAAUCUAUUUUCAACAUCCAAACAGUGCCCACAAAUGCGGCCCCAGUUUACAACCACAAGCAUCGGAAGUCAAAUCCAAUCCUCAUCAAGACAGUGGAAACCACAGACAGAAUAUACUAAAUUGUAACCUGGAUCACCACUGACAUAUUACUGAAAUGUUAUAGCAUCAAUAAGUCUGUGUAGGCCAACUGCACUACUGAGCAAUAUGUGUUAGUUAUUUGGGUUUAUAACCUCUCCUUGUUUUGAAUGCCACAGCAUUUCCUCUUCCUGUUUUUAAAUAAAUAAAUAUAUAAAAACUGA